AUGAUGAUGCUCCAGCGACUCUCGGCGCGGUCGGCGCUGCUGCUGCAGCCUCGUAGCCCGCGCUUCCACACGUUAGGCCUCGACGAGAGCCUCGUUUCGGCCCUCGCCACCCAAGGCAUUGCGACGCCCAGCCAAGUCCAGCGUGAGGCGGUGCCCAUGGUGCUCGACCCAGCGCGUCCUGACGUGGUCAUUGGCGCGGAAACGGGCAGCGGUAAGACGCUAACGUACGUGCUGCCGCUGCUGCAGCGCCUUCGGGCGUAUCCGCACCCGAUGACGGCGAUUCGCAAGCCGAUCGCGGUCAUCAUGGUGCCCAACCAAGAGCUCGUCAAGCAGAUCGAGCGCGUCGUGCAGAGCUUGGACCCGGAGGUGCCGCUUGCGUGCUUGACAAAGACGCAUGCGAUUCCGCGCCGUACGCCCGUGCUUGUCGGCACGCCCAAGGCCAUCUUGCAGCACGCAUCGGCCAAGGACUUGGUCUCGGUAGAAAUGAUUGUCGUUGAUGAAGCCGAUAUGCUUCUCGGCGGUGGCUUUGAGCGCGAUACGAAGCAAGUGCUUGGCGUCAUCCGCAACCAAGCACUCGUGGACCCGGCCUCGAACGAGUACAUUCCCGGAUUCCACCGCGAUAACGAUAGCACCGAGCCCGUGGGGCUGGCGUCGUACCCGCGCCAGACGAUUUUCGCUGCGAUAUCCUUCCCACGCCACUUGCAUCUGGCCGUCAGCGAGUACCUCAAGCGCAAGUUCCCAGACGCCGUCUACGCCAUCACCGACCAAUUCCACCGGACGCUUUCGACACUGGACCAGACGUUCCUGCACCUCAAGACAAGCGACCGCGCCGAGCGGGAGCAGCGUCUUUUGGAGAUUCUGGCCGCCGACAACGAGUCCAGUGGCAGCGUACUCAUCUUUGUCGACUCGGUCGCGAGUGCAAAGGCUCUCGAAGAGUUUCUUCUCGCGAGCAACAUUCCCUGCCGCGCACUGCACAAGGAAGUGGCUCGGGACGAGCGCUCCGAUGUCUUGGCCGCCAUGACGACGGGGCGCCAGGUCGUCGUUGCCACCGACAUUGCUGCCCGCGGCCUUGACACGCGCGAUGUCGACCACGUGAUUCAGUUUGAGUUUGCGACCAAUGUCGUGACGCAUAUCCACCGUAUUGGCCGCACGGCGCGCGGUGGUGCGACUGGCAAAGUCACCAACUUUAUUGGGCGCGAAAACGAGCUCGUGUACAAGGAAAUCAAGGCCGCCGGCGCUGAUGGCGCACUCACCAAGGGUUUUAGCCGUCGCCGGAGUCUUCGCAAGAAGUUUAAGAAGGCCACCAACGACCAAGCAAUCUAA